AUGGUGCAACGAGCCACUCAAGGACAGGAGGAGUUGACGACAGACACAGUAAGACAGUUGCAAGAAGCAGCAGGCGCCUACGAACAGAACGUAUGGAGCAGACAGGGAGCAAGGCAAGACCAUCAUGGGAUUUGGAGAUCUCACACAGGAAAAACAGUGGGACCUGCAAAACUCCUCAGAUCAAUCUUAAGGGAAGAGCAUGAGAAGGCUCAUGGAGGAUGGAAAAGUGUCACAAAAUCAGUUGAGAAAGCAUGGUGGCAUCCACACAUGUUGGACAUGUCAAGAGAGACAUCAGAGAGCUGUGAAGUGUGCAAACAAUACAACAACAAAGUGUCAAUUGGAGCAGUGAUAGGUAGCUUCCCAAUACCUGAUGCACCAUUUCAAGACGUUUGCAUAGACUUCACGGACAUGGGACAGGACAACAGAGUGGAAGGAAAAAGGUACCUGUUGGUAAUGGUGGACAGAUUCACCAGAUGGGUGGAAGCCAUCCCCACAGCAAGAGAAGACGCAAAGGCCGUGAUUAAGUGGUUGAUGCGAGACCUCAUUCCAAGGUUUGGAGUCACGCGAAUGAUCCGUUCCGACAAUGGUACCCAUUUCAAGAAUGAACACCUGAGAGAGGUAGAACAGGCCCUAGGGAUCACUCACAAGUUCGGGUCAGUGUAUCAUCCCCAAUCGCAGGGACUUGUUGAACGCGCUAACCAGACUCUGAAACGAAAAAUUGCUAAAAUCAUGGCAGGCACCAAACUGAAAUGGGUAGAUGCCCUACCCCUUGCUCUAAUGUCAAUGAGAAAUUCACCUGGGUCUGAUACCCUCUUGACUCCACAUGAGCUUAUGACAGGACACAGAAUGCCAGGGGAGGAUGUUAUGGUUAGUAGUGGGGGCUGGCCCUAUGGCGAACAGUGACUUCCAGUCAGUAUCAUAAUAUAGUCAUUACCUUACAGGAAGGGGAAUCUCAAGUGAUGUCCCUAGAACCAUGUAAGAUCUGGUCAUGGAGGAAUAGGUCUAGUGGAAUUGGGGACACUGGUUGCAAUUGGAACCAGAAGGGAAACUGUAACAAAAUGUAUCCCCAUGUGUUAAAGAGAGGUACUUAUCUGUAUGAGGGAAAGUGGUGUCCAUAUUGGGACUAUAUGAUCACAAAUGUUGGCACCUUCUGGGAAUGGCGUAGAGGCUAUCCAUAUGCAUUAGGAGAUGCUUCUAAAGCAGCUAGGUUUUCAAUGAUAAGGGGUGUGCAGGGGUCAAAAAGGGGUGCAUGUAAAGGCGAUGAAAUCCUACUAACCAUCCAAGACAUUAACUUACAGACGCAGGUGUGUACACCUUAGCAGCAGUACGAUCCGGACCAGACACCAUGGGUAUGUUCACCAUCGCGGUCACACCCAAACCUGCAGCUGGGGGAGAGACAGACCCAGUUGAACCACAUCACCACUCCAGGACCAGCUCAGCUUCAACCCACUAAGGUACCAAACCCCAUUCAGGUGAUUAAUGUUAGGGAUAUAACGGACAGCGACCAAUUGGGGACAGAAACUGGCUAUGAAGGGAAAGAAAAUAUGUGGUUGGCAUACAUGAGGUAUACGGCUAGGACACUGGUCAGGCAGAAUUGUGUUAUCUGUGGGCAUGCAAGACCUGGGUUGGCAACCCACCCAUUCGCCUUAGGAAAGAGGGGGAAGGAUGCAGUGCAAUUGGAAGAGUUAUACCAUUCACUGGCCAACACCCCCCUGUGCAAAGCCUAAGUUGAUUUUCCCUGAGGUUCCCCCACAAAAGGACCGCGGGAGUCAGGCUUAGGGAGGUAAAUUAACAGUUGCAUACUGGAACAGGUAAGGUGUUAACUAUUGUAGGCCUACACAAGGGGACUGUGCUGUGAAUGUAACUAUUAACAGCACUUGGCCAGUAGAUAGGGUAAAACCCAGACAAGGGGUGGCUGAUGUGUGGGUGAUCUGUGGGCCAAAUAGACAAACUACCCCCCGAUUAAUAUUUUGUGACAUUCUUUUAAAAAACCACUAUUACGAUUUACAAAAAUGGUCGUUUCCGCCGCCUUUAAGGUUACAUGGGAAUGGGCACUCGCGUGUUGAGGCUGACAACCUCUCUCCUAGCAGGGUAGCAAACUCAACAUCGAAAAACACCUAACUUGUUCACAAAACAAUGUAAAUAUCCGAGGAGGAAAUGUGAAGAAUGGAGCAGAGAACUUGGCCCAAUGAAGCUCAGCAAAGCUAGCUGAAAAACUUCGGGCGUUGAGAGAGCUCUACAACUAAGUGAAGGGAAAGAAGUGGACAUUCUACACAGACUCUGCCUAUGCACAUGGGAUUGCAACACAUUGAGGACCACAGUGGAUGAGGAGAAGAUUUGUGACCAAGCUCAAAUGAGCCCAUCAAACACAAGGUGGAAGUAA